CCCCUGUUUUCCUACUUGCCCCUGUUUCCCUACUUGCCCCUGUUUCCCUACUUGCCCUUGUUUCUCUACUUGCCCCUGUUUCCCUACUUGCCCCUGUUUCUCUACUUGCCCCUGUUUCUCUACUUGCCCCUGUUUCCCUACUUGCCCCUGUUUCUCUACUUGCCCCUGUUUCUCUACUUGCCCCUGUUUCCCUACUUGCCCCUGUUUCCCUACUUGCCCCUGUUUCUCUACUUGCCCCUGUUUCUCUACUUGCCCCUGUUUCUCUACUUACCCCUGUGUCCCUACUUCCCCAUUCCCAACCCGGAGGAGAUCAUCUCAUGGAGUGACGGAUUCGACAAACUCAUGAAGAGUCCAAGCGGACGUAAGGUAUUCAGGGAGUUCUUAAAGAUGGAGUACAGCGAAGAGAACAUACUCUUCUGGGCUGCCUGCGAGGAUUUGAAAAAGGAAGUCAAUCCGGAGCUAGUGGAGGAGAAGGCUAGGCUAAUUUACGAAGAUUUUAUAUCAAUAUUGUCGCCCAGAGAGGUGAGUUUAGACGCCCGAGUGCGCGAGAUUGUGAAUCAGAACAUGGUCGAUCCUAACGCUCGGACUUUUGACGAGGCGCAGGCACAGAUCUACACGCUCAUGAAGCGUGACUCCUAUCCGAGGUUCCUAGCCUCGCCCACCUACAAGCGACUCUUAGACAGCUUAAAAGAGAAAAAGACGGCGCCCGAACGCUUGUAGGGGGCGCUCGCAUCCGGCGUCCGACGCCGACGCCGCCGCUACGAACAAGAACGCCACCUGACGGCCGAGCUGUCGUCUGCGCGUGUGUCUCUCGCGGCGCUUCGCCGCUGAUUGUGAUGACGAUGAUGAUGAUGACGACGACGACGAUGAUGACGAUGAUGAUGAGCUGAGAGAGCGGAGACGUCGUCGAUUUGUGACGUCAUCUGACCCCUCGAUCGCCGAGACUCCUCGAUGGCUUCCCGCGAGAAUAGGCCACGUGACGACCUGCCUGUCCCGGACCAACCGACCCGGAUCACCACUCGACGAUACCGACACCCUAUUGUUCACACUCAGUGACCUUCCGUCGGGGUUGACCUGGAUGACGUCAGGCGAUGACCUUCUAUCGGGGUUGACCUGGAUGACGUCAAAUGAUGACCUUCCGUCGGGAAUGACCUGGAUGACGUCAGGCGGUGACCUUCCGUCGGGAUUGACCUGGAUGACGUCAGGCGGUGACCUUCCGUCGGGAUUGACCUGGAUGACGUCAGGCGAUGACCUUCCGUCGAGGUCGACGUUGUUGACCUUCCCCAGCGGUGACAUUCCAUCGAGGUCGACGUGCGUAACGUCAGUGACGUCAGUGACGCACGUUGCACGUCAUCAAUUCCUGUGUUGCUUCUGCUGUUUCGCCUUUCACGGCCGAGGAUACGAUUACGGUGCCGUGACGUCAUGAGUGAUAUCUGCUGGGUAGUAUUAUGCGUAGAUGCGUGCGGCGGCGGCAACGUGUGGAGUCGCGUGUUGGAGAGCGAGAGAGAGA